GUGGUUGUUGGUGAUGGUGGUGCGAGAGAGGAUAAUCGGAUAACCAGAAAAUUUUCUCCAAACACAGAGUCAGUGAAGCACUCAAUAAGGAAGAAAGUGUGGUGCUCCAAGUGAGAGAGAGAGAGAGAGAAAGAAAUGGCCAUGGCAAUGGCGCUCCGCAGGCUUUCCUCUUCAAUCGACAAGCCAAUUCGACCUCUCUUCAAUGCUGGCGCAUCCCUCUAUUACAUGUCAUCUCUGCCCAACGAGGCUGUCUAUGAGAAGAGCAAAUCUGGCGUCACUUGGCCAAAGCAACUAAAUGCGCCUCUUGAGGCUGUGGAUCCUGAGAUUGCUGACAUUAUCGAACUCGAAAAGGCCAGACAGUGGAAGGGACUUGAACUCAUACCAUCAGAGAACUUCACGUCUGUGUCGGUUAUGCAAGCUGUUGGGUCCGUCAUGACCAAUAAGUAUAGUGAAGGAUAUCCUGGUGCAAGAUACUAUGGAGGAAACGAGUACAUUGAUAUGGCAGAAACCUUAUGUCAGAAGCGUGCUCUGGAAGCAUUUCGGUUGGAUCCUGCUAAAUGGGGAGUGAAUGUGCAACCUCUGUCUGGGUCGCCAGCUAAUUUCCAUGUCUACACUGCUUUACUGAAACCUCAUGAAAGGAUCAUGGCACUUGAUCUUCCUCAUGGUGGGCAUCUUUCCCAUGGUUAUCAGACUGACACCAAAAAGAUAUCUGCCGUGUCCAUAUUUUUUGAGACAAUGCCAUAUAGAUUGAAUGAAAGCACUGGCUACAUUGACUAUGACCAGUUGGAGAAAAGUGCCACUCUCUUCAGGCCAAAAUUAAUAGUUGCUGGUGCAAGUGCUUAUGCACGUCUAUAUGACUAUGCGCGGAUACGCAAGGUUUGCGACAAACAUAAAGCUGUCUUGUUGGCAGAUAUGGCACACAUCAGUGGGUUGGUUGCUGCUGGUGUUAUCCCAUCACCUUUCGACUAUGCAGAUGUUGUGACCACUACAACUCACAAGUCACUCCGUGGGCCACGUGGAGCAAUGAUUUUCUUUAGAAAAGGGGUUAAAGAAGUUAACAAACAAGGCAAGGAGGUGUUGUACGACUAUGAAGACAAAAUCAACCAGGCUGUCUUUCCUGGACUUCAGGGUGGUCCACACAACCACACUAUUACUGGAUUAGCAGUUGCAUUGAAACAGGCUACCACUUCUGAGUACAAAGCCUAUCAAGAGCAAGUUCUGAGUAAUUGCUCAAAGUUUGCACAGACUCUUACGGCGAGCGGGUAUGAACUUGUGUCGGGUGGAACUGAAAACCAUUUAGUUUUGGUGAAUUUGAAGAACAAGGGUAUCGAUGGCUCUAGAGUUGAAAAGGUGUUGGAAUCUGUUCAUAUUGCAGCCAACAAAAACACCGUUCCUGGAGAUGUGUCUGCCAUGGUUCCUGGUGGCAUCAGGAUGGGAACCCCCGCCCUAACUUCUAGGGGAUUUAUUGAGGAGGAUUUUGUUAAAGUGGCAGAGUUCUUUGAUGCUGCUGUGAAGGUUGCAGUGAAGAUCAAGGCUGAAACCCAAGGAACGAAAUUGAAGGACUUCUUGGCCACAAUGCAAGCCUCUCACUUCCAGUCGGAGAUUGCAAAACUACGCCAGGAUGUUGAAGAGUAUGCAAAGCAAUUCCCUACUAUCGGGUUUGAGAAAGAAACCAUGAAGUACAGAAACUAGACGUCCCCUUAUGCGAGGUAUAUGGGUGCAGAUAUCAAAUAAAGUUUCGUAGAUCGGAUGGAAGCAGACAGAGAGAUGGAACAAACUUGUCAGCUGACAGCAAGGAUUGCAAUGCAGAGCUUAGUAUAUAUGGGUAUAUAUAAUUAUGCCAAUCUUGAUUGGAAACUUCAGUAAAUGUAUAUAUACCUACCUGUAUCAACUCAACUUGAGAGUGUCUUCUUUCAUCCUCUCAUUUGAAAAACUGCUAAUGGCCCAUGAUCAGGGCUGAUUACACUUUUAUAUUAUGUUAUGCCUUAUUAUCUAAGUACGAGAGUGGCACUCAUAUAAUAAAACUGAAUCAUGUAUUGAAUCUGCUA